AUGGGGCAUUAUUGGAAGUGGCUCUGUAUAGCACUAUCAACAUUACCCCAAUCUGAGCAUGCUAUAGUGCAUGUUGGUGCACGAAGUAUUGAUAAAGCGAGAACAUUUGCAUCAAGAUUUAGCAUUGAAAACUUUAGUGACAGUUACAAAUGUGUGGUGGAGGAUGGAAAUGUAGAUAUUGUGUACAUUGGAACUAUAAACACUACUCACAAAGAGUUGAGUUUGCUUGCUCUAAGUCAUGGAAAGGCUGUACUAUGUGAAAAACCAUCUGUUUUGAACAGUACUGAACUGGAAGAAGUUUUGAAUUGUGCAAAAAUCAACAAAGUAUUUUACAUGGAGGCAGUAUGGACGAGAUGUCUACCGCUUCAUCGGCAAGUGCUUACCAAACUUAAUAAUGGGGAUUACGGUGAUUUAAAUGUUAUGCUGGGUACAUUUGGUUUCCCCUUGUUUGACCGACAACGUAUCUAUGAUCCAAAUUUGGGAGGAAGUAUUUUAUUAGACAUAGGAUUGUACCUGCUUACUAUGGCUGAUAUGAUGUUUGGUGAGCACAAGUUGAAAGAAAUACAUGCUUGUGGCCAUGUUGAAAAAACUGGAGUUGAUCGAUCAGCAAGUGUAACUUUAACAUUUGAAGGAAAUAAGAUAGCACAGUUACUUGCAAGUGGUGGGACAUCGAAGAAGGGAAGUUACAAAAAGUGCUACCCUACUCUUUGUUUGUAUAUGACCAUAUUUUAUGCGCAGAAACGUUUGAACAUAGCAAAGUCUGCAUUUCACGAACAUAAACUAUGCAAUGUUGAAUCUGAAAACAAACAAUAA